UCUACAUAGACUCGCUUUGCAUAUCCUCUCUUAUUUUUCUCUGUCUGUGGCUGUUUGGCAGAAAAAGGGAGGGUUGACUGAGUCAAGAGGAAGCAGAUCUGUGUUACAACAACUUAGAGUUAAGUAAGCUGCGCUGCCUCCAUGUGGGUUACAGCAGAGACAAGCUGUCAAUAAGAGCUUCUGCAGUUUUUCAUUUGAAAUCCUCUAAAGUCUGAGGGAAUCAUUUGGUUUCUACUUUUCUGCUCCUGUCAGUUUAGUUUUUUUUAUUUUUUAUUCAUGACUAAGUUUACAUCAGGUUACCGUGUUUAGACAGUGGUGCAGUUGGAGGCAUUGCAAAUGAGCGCAAGUCGCAGCUUGUGCGAGUUUCAUCAGCGGCGGAUGAAGAGGAGACAAACCCUCCUCUAAAGACCAGAACUCAGCGGAUAAAAGUUGGAUUAUUCACCUCUUCCUGGGUGUGGACGUUGAUUUAAUUUGAUUUUUACCGACUUAGGCGAUGACUUCGGUGUGGAAACGACUACAGCGAGUGGGUAAAAAAGCUUCAAAGUUCCAGUUUAUCGCUUCUUAUCAGGAACUUGUGUUGGAGUGCACUAAGAAAUGGCAACCAGACAAGCUGAGAGUGGUGUGGACCAGGAGGAACAGGCGCAUGUGCUCCAAGCUCCACAGUUGGCAGCCUGGGAUAAAGAACCCCUACAGAGGAACAGUUAUUUGGCCUGUUCCAGAAAACGUCGACAUCUCUGUUACAUUGUUCAAGGAACCUAACACAGAUGAGUUUGAGGACAAAGAAUGGACAUUUGUUCUCGAGGGUGAGAACAAAGGUCACCGUAAGGUGUUAGCUUCUGCUGACAUCAACCUGAAGCGCUUUGCCAGCCCCACUCCAACGCAGCACGACCUGACUCUAAAGCUGAAGCCACUGUCGGUCAAAGUGGUGGACGCUGAGCUCAAACUGUCACUCUCAUGUGUUUUCGUUCGAGAAGGAAAAGCCACGGAUGAAGACAUGCAGAGCCUUGCCAGCCUCAUGAGCGUCAAACCCACUGAUAUAGGCAACCUGGAUGACUUCAAUGAGAGCGAUGAAGAAGAGGACCGGAGGUCUGUCUCCGCUGCAGCUGUCCCACACACUCUAACUCGUCCAAACCGUCCCGCUCCCCCUCCUCCUGACACACAAACUUCCUCUGGAGCCAUGUUUUCAGCCUUAGCCUGUGGGCGUGAUGUUGAUCCUUCCACUCUCCAUUCUCGCCCUCCGCUGCCAACUGCUCCCCGUCCCUCCCCCCGCCGUGCCCGACAUUCAUUCUCAGCCACUCCUGUCCAGUCUGAGAUCCAGCCCUCCCCUGGUCCCUCCCCUCAGCCUUCGCCAAGGUGUAAGCGUCCAAAGACAGCCAAUCCCAACCUCCAUGAUGCUUCUGUGAGUGACUCUGUAACCAGGCCUCCUGAAACUCCACCCUCAGCAGAUCAUCCUCCAGUUCAGAGCACCUCCUCCGUUUCUGCUCUCGCAGAAGAUUCAAUAAUCUCUAAAUCUUCCUGUAAAAUUUCCCCAGAUUCUGCAAAGACAGUUGCAGAGCCGCCUAAUCCACCUCCAUCUCUGUCCUCAGAGAUCCUUAUACUUCCCCCUUCAUCAUCAUUAUCACCUAAACCCCCAAUAACCUCCUCAUUCAUGUCUCCUCAAACAACAUCUCUCACUGUAUCGGCUACUUCCACCCAUAAGCCAACCUCCGCAGCCUCAAAGCUCUCUUCCUCCUCCCAAACACCCUCUCUACCCAAUGAUAGUCCGUCUGUUCAGCCUCCUCUUACACGGAUGCUCUCUCAGCCCCCGUCUCUGCCCAGAAUCUUCCAGGCAGGCCCAGCUCCUAUAAAGCAUCAGCAGCGACCCCAAGAGGUUCAGAGUGCAGAUGAUUUUAAUGGCCAGUCCCAUGUUUUCAGACCCCAGGUUGUGAAAUCUAUCAAUCGCCCAACCUCUCCCACACCUAUAUCUUCUCCACUUUCCUCCUCAUCAUCAUCAUCAUCAUCAUCUCUCCCCAAAUGCCCCCCCUCUGGCUCAGAGUCAGUUACUAAGGGCAUUUGGCCUCUUUCCGGCCCCCCUGCAACCACUGAAAACAUCAGCCCCGUGCCUCUGCUGACUAGUCCAGAUCUUGAUUCUCUCUGUGACCCAGAGAUUCCAGCUCGUUCUUCCACGCUUCUUCCCUCCUCAUCUUAUUUCUCAUCCUCUCUCACUUUCAUUCAACCUUCUGCUCCAGUCCUCUCUAGUCAGACAGGCUCAUCACUCCCUGUCCAUCAGGUGGAUAAAGAGACGACUUUAAGCCCAAAGAGCCAAGACAAAACCUCGCCUACAAGCUUCCAGGCAGAAAUAAACAGAAAAACAUCAGAUCAGUCAAAGCUGAUUAUUACAGAGAACAAAGCUGGAAAGAUCAGGACAAAACACAAGAAAGCAGACCUGACUGAUGGUGGACCGGAAAAACAGUCAUCUCAGCAUACCAUCAUUUCCUCACAUCAGUGUGAGAUCAACAAUUCUCGGCUUCCGACAUUAACAGAAGAAGAACCCCCCGAGCUCAAGACUGCUGAUCCAAUGCCAGUGGUCACAGGGGAGGUAAAUGGGAAGGAGGACACUGAGGACCUUGUAAACUCCAGCCAGUCGCUGCUCCAGUGGUGUCAGAGCAUCACCAACAAGUACCAGGGUGUAAAGGUCACAAACUUCAGUACGUCCUGGAGAAAUGGCCUGGCUUUCUGUGCCAUACUGCAUCAUUUUCAUCCAGACAAAAUAGACUUUGAACAUUUGGAUUCUCAUGACAUUAAGUUAAACAAUAAGAAGGCAUUCGACGGCUUUGAGGCGUUGGGGAUUUCUCGUCUGUUGGAGCCAUCUGACAUGGUGCUCCUGUCCGUUCCUGACCGGCUCAUCGUUAUGACUUACCUCAGCCAAAUCCGCUCACAUUUCACCAACCAGGAGCUGAGCGUGCUGCAGAUCGAGCACAACAGCAGUCAGUCGAGUUACGGGCUUGCUCCUUCUGGUCCCGCUCCCACCAAUGUUGACGCUGCUGCCUUCUGCAUGGCUAGGCUGAAUGAAGGAGUGAGUCUGGAGGAAGGAGGGAGCAACACCCUGGUGGUGCCCCCACCUAGAACCAAACGGACUGUUAAAGAAGAAUCAAGAAUCCCAGUCCCACCCCCAAGAUCGAUUAACAAAGCUGCCAAAUCUGAACAGGAUGAAGGUGCAAAAUCUACCUCUGAACAGGCCAAUAACUCAGAGACUGCACCUGACACCCAGCCUCCUAAACAAGAGGAAACAAUGUACCUGCAGGACACCAGUCAGUAUGUCUUGAGCGAACUGGCAGCGCUGGAGACGGAGCAGAAGCAUAUCGACAGCAGAGCGGCCGUCGUGGAAAGACGGCUGAGAAGUCUCAUGGAGACAGGGAGUGAUCGUGAUGAAGAGGAGCGCCUGAUCCAGGAGUGGUUUACUUUGGUGAACAAGAAAAAUGCUCUGAUACGUCGACAGGAUAACCUUGAACUAUUACAAGAGGAGCAGGACCUUGAGAGAAGAUUUGAGCUUCUCACCAGAGAACUACGGGUCAUGAUGGCUAUAGAAGACUGGCAGAAGACAAUAACUCAGCAACAGAGAGAGCAGCUGCUCCUCCAGGAACUGGUGUCUCUGGUCAACCAGCGAGACGAAAUCAUCCGAGACAUCGAUGACAAAGAGAAACGUGCUCGGGAGGAGGACGAGCGUCUGGAGCGAGGGCUGGAGAUGAGAAGGAGGAAAUACAGCAACAAAGACAAAUGUGUGUUACAAUAAAAGCACAAACUGGAUUUAUAACCCAAAGUCUCAACAAAGAAUCAUCCUUAAAUUAAAAAACAAGAUACAAACUUUGAGGAGUUAAGGAGCCUUUUUUUCUCCUUAGAAAUGUGCUGUAGGUCUGAAGCUGGAGAAUGUGUGUUAUCUGAAAGUCAUGUCUGUGUUUUAGUAGUAUUGUGUUAAAUCCUUUCAUUGGUUGUUUUAUUUAUUUAAAUCGUGUGUCAUUUUGUCAUACGUUAUUUGCACAUACAGUUUUUCUUGUGCUGUGUAUAUCUGAUGGGACAUCAUUAAGUAUUCACACACCACCUGAUCCUGUUUUUUUUUUUCUUUCUUUUUGUUUUGUUUUUGCCUAUGCAGUAUAUUUAGCUUUUUCACCUCACUGGAAAGCUUUUAUAUUUAAACUAAAGUCGUACCAUUUUUAAUGAAGAUAUAAAUGCUAUAAAUACAUGAGGCUUUUAUCUUUCCUAAGAGUUUCCAAAGAAUGUAAAAAAAAAAAACUAUUUAGAAAUUGGUUUAUCUAGUGAAAAUUUGAGCUGGACUCAACCAUAUAAGGCUUUCAGUGAGGAAAUUAUAUGUACUUUCUGUAAUUCCUGAUAACAGUCUACCGAUGGUUAAAGUUUUAACACAUAUUAAAAUGUGUUUUCAGAUUGCUUUAUAGUUUCAUCUUGGAGGCGGGUGACUUGAGUCAUCUACAGCCUCUUUGGAGUAGAUGUUGCCUGUUUCUUUUGUAGCUGAAGUGAAAAUGUUCGGGUAUUUCUGCAUAGCUUUCAAAUACAGGUUUAGAUGAAAAGGUACCCAUCAAUUUGCAUGUAGGAUUUCAAAUGUUGCUCUCACUAUUUCAGACUGUGUUGGCAAAUAACAAAUAAAAUUGAUAAAAGAAAAUGUUUGCUAUGUGUCAAGUCUUUCUGUUUUUGGGUGUACCGCCAUGCUGCUUUUGACCUUCAUGUGUUCCAAACUAAGUUAAUGGAAACCAUAAUCUAAAACCAGAACAUAUUAACAAAGCUUGUGGUCUACCUGCAGUUUACAUUAUUAUAUGGAAGCUUGUGCCAUCAGUGUAGUUUAUACUAUAAAUCAAACUGCAAUUUAGAAAUCAGCAAGUCAAACAUCAAUUAAAGGAACACUCAGCUGUUACAACCCCUGUUAGAUUCAAUAUAAAAGAAGUGAGUACCACUGCUGAGAAGCAACCCACCAUACUAACCAUAAUAUUCUCAGCAUGCUAUUUAUAAUUUGGCCUGGAUGUAAAUGGCCUGCUUCAGAGAUCCAGAACAGAUAGGAUAACUGUCAACAGGAUCAUUAUUAUUAUGUAUUAAUAAAAUACAGAAACACAGGUGGGGAAAAAAUAACUCAGAGCACAUUUAGAAAACAAAGUGAUGGCAUUGGCAUACUGUGGGGAAGUUUUUCCUCAGCAGAAACGGAUGUUUUUCAAAGUAGGAGCGAAGAUGAUAGAAACACCUAGAAAGAAUCUGUUAGAGGCUCCAACUAAGUGUUAGAGUUCUGGUUCUGUUAUGUUUUUCUUUUGGAUGUUCAGUUUUGCUU